GUCGCCUCAAUGUAUUGUCUAUAUGUUGACGACUACCGGUGCCAACAAUAAUAAUAAUAAUAAUAACACUCCCGGUGUUGUCGGCAACCGUUUUAUCGAAACUGGUCGUACGGAAGUCAUACGGAAUAGCCGUAGUCCCGAUUGGACAGUCAAAGUCCCUGUUGACUAUCGAUUCAAUGAACUACAAGUGCUCCGGUUUGAGGUCUGGGACUACGAUAUAUGUGCCGAUAAUGAACURCUGGGCCGAUUGGAUCUGGACUUAGGACAGUUGAUUACUGCACGCGACGAUGUUAUUAAAAAACGAUUGAGACUACCGUCCGUUCAGCCAACUGUCCAUCAGUUAUCCUCCAAUAGUAGUAGUAGUAGUAGUGGUAGUAAUAAUAAUAAUAAUAAUAAUAAUAAUAAUGAAUUGCAAGCGUAUAGCAAACUUAUGGUUACUGGAGAACUAUGGAUAACCAUCUAUGAGGUAUUGGCCUCCAAACAGACUGUCCAAAUGAAAUUCGAGGCCAAAACACUGCCGCAAAAAGAUUUUUUAGGUUCAUCUGAUCCAUACAUGAUUAUCACUAAAGAAUCACCGGAUGGCCAACACCAGCUGGAAGUCUACCGAAGCGAAACCAUACACAAAACACUGGCACCGGUUUGGUCAGAGUUUACCGUCAGAGUACACGAUCUGUGCGAUUGCGAUCAUUAUCGUCGGCUACGGAUAUCCGUCUACGACUGGGACAGACAUACUAGCGAUGAUUUUAUCGGUGCUGUCAAUACAUCCCUAAAUGAACUGAACAAACAGUUUAUAACUGGCGGUCUGUCCGUACUGGAGCUCAGGAGACAUCCGAAUCUCAAUAGCAAUAAUAAGUCACCGAAAGGUCAGAAAAAAGGUGGCCAAUCAUCGGCUGCGUCGGCGACCGAUAAGUCAUCCAAACGGAAGAGCCUAUUGUUGAAAAGUCUACAUAAACUUCAAUCAUUGGACAUCCAUAACAACCAUAACAACAACAAUGACAAUAACUGUGGACUACUAUUGAUAUCCAAACUACACUAUCGACAGGUGCCUACAUUUGUCGACUAUAUCGGCUCCGGUGGUACACAACUGCACUUUAUGGCGGCCAUCGACUGUACCAGUGAUUCACAGCCAUUUCAUCACCGAUUAUUGCAUACAUCAGCCGCUGCCACAUCAUCGGCCACCGCCGCCACCACCGCUACGGACAACAAACUAACAGUUGUCGACCAAUCGGUCAAUUGUUUCGAGUUUCUACUGAACAGUUUCGGCCAAUUACUACAGCCGUACGACUAUCAGGGAUUGUUUGCCGUUUUUGGUUUCGGUGCCAGAUUUGCUGGUCAACCCACAGUCUCGCAUGCAUUCAAUCUGAGACUGGGUGUCGGCGGUGGCCAACAAUCGGUAGUUCCCUACUGUGACAGUGUUGACGAUAUGCGCCGAUGCUAUCGGGCAUCGCUCAAGUCUAUGAUACCGUCGUCGUCGUCCAACUCGGCCAACACUGGCCGWCCGUUUGCACCCGUUAUCAAUCAUGUCGUACAGUUGACGAAAAAUUUUCAAAACGGUAGACACUAUUUUGUCUUUACUAUACUGACCAGYGGCUGCCAUACGGAUACGGCCGAUACACUCGAAGCCAUUGUCCGGGCGUCGGCAAUGCCGGUCAGUAUUGUCAUUGUCGGYGUAGGCAACUGUCCGUUCAAUCAUCUGAAACGGCUGAGCGGUGACUCUACCUGUUCUCGUGGUUGCCGUACCUAUAGAGACAAUGUACAGUUUUUUCAAUUGAAAAAUUAUCAAACAUCGACACAUAUACUGGAAAGUAGACUAACAAACACUAUAUUGCAAACAAUACCCAAACAAAUGCUUGAAUAUAUGGAGUCUAGAAAUUUUGUACCGAAAAACACAAGUUUAGUGUAA